CUAUUUGUAUAUUUCCCACAAGUAAUAACUUUCAUACAUCACAACCUCAUCUCCUCCCAUCAUCACCACCUUCUCUACCGAUGGCAACCACCACCAUUGACAACACCGGCGUCCACCCAACCAUUAAACAAAGCCUAGAUGUCGAAAACCAACGUACCCAAAUAUCCACUGAAGUAACAUUUGAUUAUGCCAAAAGAGCUCAAUGGUUGAGAGCCGCUCUUUUAGGUGCUAAUGAUGGCCUACUCUCCACCGCAACCAUAAUGAUGGGCGUAGGUGCGGUAAGUAAAGAUAUUAAGACCAUGAUUCUCUCUGGGAUCGCCACGAUGGUCGGUGGUGCUUGUAGCAUGGCCAUAGGGGAGUUUGUCUCGGUUUACUCCCAAUAUGACAUUGAAAUGUCACAAUUUAAAAGAGAAAUAAAGAAUGGUUGGAUCAAUCACGACGAACUUGAAAACAAGAAAAAUGGGCUACCUAGCCCAACAAAGGCCGCCCUAGCGUCAGCAUCUGCAUUUGCAUUGGGGGCGGCCGUGCCACUACUUGCAGCCUCAUUUAUAAGUAACUAUCACGUGAGGCUGGCUGUGGUAGUGGUGGUGGUAAGCAUGGCGCUAGUAGGGUUCGGUGUGCUGAGUGCGGUGCUAGGGAGGGCUCCCAUGGUUAAGCCAACGCUUAGAAUAUUGAUUGGAGGGUGGGUGGCUAUGGGUGUCACCUUUGGAUUAACCAAAGCAGUAGGUUCUAGUGGUUUGGUUAAUAUUUAAUUUAAUCUUAAUCAUAAAUAAUUAGUGAUAUAUAUGGUUAGGGAGGGCUCCCAUGGUUAAGCCAACGGUUAGAAUAUUGAUUGGAGGGUGGGUGGCUAUGGGUGUAUUAACCAAAGCAGUAGGUUCUAUUGGCCUGGUUAAUAUUUAAUUUAAUCUUAAUCAUAAAUAACUAGUGAUAUAUAUG